AUGGCCGCCAUGGACAUGUUUGAUGCCGUCUGCCGCGAAGGACCCCUGAAUGGCAACCUCCCUUCGCCAGCCCUCUCUGCGGCCACCUCUUCCUCCGAAUGCUCACUCUCGGAGACGGAAGCCAUUCAAUCUCUGAUCGCCGAUGAUUUUGAUCCGACCACAAGCGACCUCUUCGACUCUCCCAUAGGCUCUGACUUUCAAGGCUUUGAGACCUUGUUCUCCCUCUCUCUCAACGAUUACAACCGCAUCGAACCCAUUCUGCCCCUCGAUCAAGACAUUCUCAACAUGCCAAACAUGAGCAACUCGAUUUACAACUACGGCCAGGACAGGUUGCCGGCUGCACCACGUAGCGUACUGCCCCUUCCCGACGCCGUCGCCACCCUCAAGAUGGCCCCUGCGCCGCGCUCCCGAAUGGCCAUGUCCAAGCCCAAGAUUGCCCGUGCACCGAAAUCAACUCCCCCUCGCCGCGCCUCCACGGGCUCAAACCCUGUCCGCCUUUCUGCGCCAGCCACCUCUAUCAACCACCGCGCCCAAUGUGCCUGCUGCCAGUCAACGACCACCCCCAUGUGGCGCGAGGGUCCCCUCGUGAACAAUGAGCCCAUGAAGCUGUGCAAUGCCUGUGGCAUCCGCUGGCAGAAGUAUGGCACUUGCUGCCUCGAAUGCCGCUAUGUUCCUCGCAAGCAAGAGAAGGCCCGUGGAACCUGCCCCUACUGCCAGCAACAACUGCCCACCAACCUCACCACGCGUCGCCGCUCGCUCGGCACCGCAUCAGCUCCUCGCCGCUAG